AUGAUUCUAGCAUGGAAUACUAGGGGGCUAAAUAAAUCAGGUAAGGCUAGAGAGGUUGGCUCCCGUCUCCUAUGCCUUCGACCUGAAAUUGUGGUUCUUAUUGAAACUAGAGUUAAAAGUACAAAGGCUGCGAACAUUCGAAAUAAAUUGCGGCUCAAAGGUAAAUACUUAGAUAACUACCUCCACCAUGAAAAUGGUAGAAUCUGGCUGAAUUGGGAUGACAGAGUUGUGGAUGUUAGACUUAUUAGUAGUACUGCCCAAAUGAUCCAUUGUGGUAUAUACGACACUAAUGGUACUUUUUUGAACUGGUUUACUGCCAUUUAUGCUUUGAACCAACUGGAGCAUAGAAGAAAAUUAUGGAAAGAGCUUGAAGGCAUACAUAAUACCCAACAUGGACCUUGGUGCUUGAUGGGAGAUUUCAAUAAUGUCCUAAAAUCUACAGAUAGAGUUGGUGGUAAACUGGUGCAUGAAUCUGAAUACACUGAUUUGGCCUCACUAAUGGACAAGUCUGGGCUCUCUGAAAUGAAUAGUCUAGGUGAUUACUAUACUUGGUCUAAUAAACAUGUGGAUGGGAUUAUCUACUCAAGGAUAGACCGAGUCCUUGGCAAUGUUGACUGGUUCCAAUUAAAUCUUGAUUCCACUCUGACUAACAUGGAUCCUGGUAUCUCUGAUCAUGCCCUGCUGUGUCUUAAAGGACAUGAUAAUGCUAUUUCUACUUCUAAAUCUCAAUUUAAAUUUCUGAACUGUGUGACUACUAUGGCAGACUUUACUGAUUGUGUUUCCAGAUGUUGGAAUGAACCUUUAGAUGGCAGGCCCAUGUUUGUGCUCUGGAGAAAGCUCCUUAGACUGCAACCCGUGAUAAGGAAACUGAGCAGACCUGUCAAAAGUAUUAACAUCACCCUUGAAAAGGCCCGAGAGAACCUGAGGCAGGCUCAUAGCAGACUGCUGCAAGACAGAAUGAACCCUUUUAACAUCAUAGCGGUUAAAGAGUACACCGAGGAGGUUAUUAAGUGGAGUGAUAUGGAGGAGCAAAUGUUGCAGCAAAAAGCGAAAAUUGAAUGGCUUCGGCUGGGAGAUGGGAACAACAAAUAUUUCCAUGCCUCCAUAAAGACAAAACAAACACAGUGUGAACUAAGAACCUUGUACAGAGAGGAUGGUACUAUGGUGACUACACAUGAAGAUAUUGAACAGGAAGUGCUCAGUCUUUAUGGAAAUCUUAUGGGGAAAGCGGACACUAAUCUAGAGGGCAUUGAUAUUGUUGCUAUGAGAGAUGGCCCUCAAAUCACAAAUGAUCAGAAAGAGCUCCUUCUUGCACCUAUUAUGGAGGACGAGAUUCUAAGGGCCCCUAAAGAGCAUCGGGGACCUGAAAGCUCCCGGCAUGGAUGGUUUUGGAGCCAAAUUCUUUAA